UCCAGCUUGACGACCAUCGUGUUUCACACGUGCUAACACACGAGCACACAACGUGAUUUUUAUCAAAGAUAUUUUGAGGUGGAUACUUGAAAAUAAACAUAUCUGCAAAAAAGUUGGACCGUGAGAACUACGAAAAGAAUUUAGAAAACGUUAGAAUAAAAUUAAUUGUGAAAUAUUCCUGAAGAGCAGAAAGAAGGAGAAUACACCAAUAAUGCAUAAGGGCACAAAAAAUAAACCCUACAAACGCGAAAAUGGGAAAACGUUUACGUAUAAACCGUAUUAUUGUUAUAAGGCAUUUAUGUGUAUAAAACCUUAUCAAUGCGAGCUUUGUGAUGCGUCAUUUAGUCAAGGAAGAAAUCUAAACAAGCACAAGGAGUUGGUGCAUUACAAUAAUGAAAAUUACAAGUGUAUCGUGUCUUAUUAUUGCGCACUUUGUGAUAUAUCAUUUAGUGAAAGAGAGACUAUAUAUGAGCACAAGGAGUUGGUGCAUUACAAUGAUGAGAAUUACGAGUGCAUUAUCAAGUGUCAGAACAUUUUCAAAACAAAGCAGCAUUUGCGUUUUUAUGUAAAUUUAAGUCACUACAGCAAAAGACUGUAUAAAUGUGACCGAUGUCUAUUAUUUAUUCAUCCUAAGAAAAAACAUAAAUGCAGACAAUAUCUUUGCGAGGUUUGCCAUAAAAUUUUUAGUAAGAAAAACUUUAGAGAUGAGCACCAUUUUGAACAUAGCCAUUUAAAGCAGUAUGAAUGUUCGCUGUGUAGCAAGGGCUACACGACAAAAGCAUGUCUUAUUGCACACAUACGAAAUGAGGGUCACAUAAGUGAUAGCAUAGUGAAGAACAAAUUGAAACCGAUAAUGAAAUGGAUCAAGUACAAUUAUAACUAUGCGCUAGACACAGUAUAAAAUGAAACAAUACGAAUUGAUGAAAGAAGUUGAUAAUAAAGAUGUAACUUUUGUAUGAGAUAUUACCCGUACGGCACAGAAACUUGUAGCAAUAUUGCUGCAAUAUUUCAACGUUGCAUAUUGCAAUGCAAUGUUGCAGAGACAUUAG